UUCGGGCCGCAGUGACCCAUCGAGGAUGUCUCCCGAUGACAUCUCCGUUGACGAGAUAAUGGUGCGGUUGAACUGGAUGCUCAAGAAUGUCAACAGCAUCCCCAGGAUUGUUGAGGAGUUCAAUCACCUCAACAAGCCUAGAGAAGAAGAUGUACUCUUAUUCUUCUCCCCUCCUCCUCCCCCAGGUGCUGAUGCAACAAAGGAUGCUCAGCGGGUUUUCGGGCAGAAGUUACCUGGGGAGCCCUCGGAGCUAGAGGAGGAGGACGAGGAGUUCGAGUCCUCGAGCAGUUCUGAAUCUGAUACUACUGGGGGUUUUACGGUGCAGCCACGCGUCUCCAGACGGAGGACGUCAUCACCCGAUGCGCCGUCGCACCUGGAUGGCGGAAAUUCCGGUGGUGGCUUGGCCCCGCCGUCGAAGAAACAACGGACAGCUGAUCCCAAGAGGUGUGCGCGGCGCGAUCUUCACCUUGCUGAUGGCUCUCCUCGACUGGUAAUAAUCCAUGCUGAAGGACAGGUAGUCAUGGUGCAUGCAUUUUGCGCUUGUCUUGUGUAG